AGCGAGUUUUGGCGCUUACACACUCAAUAAAUAAGCAAGCAAUAGUGUCCAGUUCAGCAGCAGAAGCGUGUAGUGACCAUGGGAGAAGAAGAAGAGGCAGUUGAAUCCAUCGCAGCCACCAACCCCAACGAAGAGUACUCCCUCCCCGUGCUCCGGUUCGAUGUUCCUCCUCAUCGAACCUACCACUUCCACCGCCAGUUCACCACUCCGACGAACCCUAACAAUUUCCUCAAAGCCGUUAAAUGGUCCCCCGAUGGCUCCGGUUUCCUCUCCUCUUCCGAUGACAACACUCUCCGCCUCUUCACUCUACCGUGUAGCGAAAGUGACACUCCUAUUGCUUCUUCCGGCGACGACGAUUCCUUUGAUGUGAGUCUUGUAAUGAGAGAAGGAGAGGCUAUACAUGACUUCUGCUGGUAUCCUUACAUGUCCGCCGCAGAUCCGGUGACCAAUGUUUUCGCGACGACUACUCGCGACCAUCCGAUACAUUUAUGGGAUGCAACGUCAGGCCAGUUACGUUGCACUUAUCGGGCAUAUGAUGCUAUGGAUGAAAUUACUACUGCUUUUUCAAUUGCUUUUAAUCCUGCGGGGAGUAGGAUAUUUGCUGGAUACAACAAAUGUAUUAGGAUUUUUGAUUUACAUCGCCCUGGUAGAGACUUUGAAUUGCAUUCUACAGUAAAAGAUAAAAAAGAAGGCCAAACAGGUGUUAUAUCGGCACUGGCUUUUUCUCCUUCUCAUACUGGGAUGCUAGCUCUGGGAUCUUACAGUCAAACUGCUGCUAUUUAUAGGGAAGAUAACAUGGAGCUCUUGUACCUUUUGCAUGGUCAAGAGGGUGGGAUUACACAUGUGCAAUUUUCGAGAGAUGGAAAUUAUUUAUAUACUGGAGGCCGGAAGGACCCUCAUAUACUCUGCUGGGAUGUCCGGAAGGCUGUUGAUUGUGUCUACAAGUUAUACCGAUCAGCAGAAAACACCAACCAGCGGAUUCUGUUUGAUAUUGACCCUUCUGGACAACAUCUUGCUACAGGUGGCCAGGAUGGUUUAGUACAUAUAUAUGAUCUUCAAACAGGGCAGUGGGUGUCAAGUUUUGAGGCUGCUUUAGACACAGUUAACUGCUUCUCUUUCCAUCCAUUUCUUUCCUAUGGGGUCUCAUCGUCAGGACACCGAAGAUUUGUAGUUCCAGAUGAUAGCAAUGAAGAAUUGUGUUUAAGUGGUCGUGAAAACUGCAUCUCAGUAUGGAGUUUCUAUUACGAUUCAAUGAUUGAGAAGGACUUCAAGGACAAUGGCAGUUGCAAUAAUCAGUCUGGAAAUGAAUACAUGGAUUAAGAUUCCUUAAAUGUUUCUGUGGUCACCUUGUACCCAGUUGUGCAACCAACAUGUACUUCAAUUCAUGGGGUGCAAGAAGCUGAAACUUGUUUUACCAUCAUUCAAACGUUCACUCUAGAACAGAGCAAGUUCCUUGAGCUCAAUCCGAACAUCAACUGCAAUGGCAUCUUUGUGGGUCAAUGGGUGUGUGUGGAUGGUAAAGUGUAAUCAAUCAGUGCCAAUUAAUGGUCCAACUUAGAUAUAAGUCCAAUAUUUGACAAAAAAAAGAAGAUACAAGUCCAAUGGAAUAAAUGUACAAUAAGGAGGAACGAACUUUUCUCCAUAAUCAUAUUGUCCAAUUUCAUCCUUUUAUGAAGUAUGUCAAUGGAUCCUAUCUCAAUCAAAUGUAAUAUGUUUGAAUUUAUGAAACGAAUGAAGUAAAAUUUCUUUCA